AUGUAUAAAUUACAGGUGAUAUUAAUACCACCAAGUGCUAUUGUUGGUCAACAGAUCGAUCAAUUCAACUAUAACACAAUCCCAAAUUCACUACCUUAUAAUUUGCCAAGUAUUCAAAAUGAAGCUAUAAACAAUAAUUAUCAAAAUGAUGUAUCCCCAUUAGGGAUAAACCAACAGCAAUUAAAUGGAUUCAUACUGCAACAAUCCCAAAAACCACUACGAAAUCAUCAACAAAUAGAAUCAUUUAAAACAGGUGACAGUAAUAUGCAAAAUAAUAAUAUUAACAAUAAUAAUGAUAACGAUAAUAAUACGCAUACUAAUAAUAAUACCAGUAUGAAUAUGAAUACUAAUAAUAAUGACAAUACCACAAAUAUUUCUUAUUAUCAAAAUGGUAAUAUUGCAAAGUUAAGAUAUUUGACUCCUUCGAAUUGUAAGAAAUUUUUAUUAUUUACAAAACCAAAUAACAAUCUCUUGGAAUUAUCAGAGGAAAUCUUGUUAAAAUGUGAAAAGCUGUAUCCAAAUUUACAGAAUGAAAUUGAGAUUGUAAGUUUGCGAAAUAUUGAUGACUGUGAUUUGGACCCUGACUUCUUAGUUAAAGAUGUUUUCGAUAUUGAUAAUACCGUAAAGGUAAUAUUGAAGAAUGAAAUAGAUUUACAUCAAUCAAAUUCGUUGUAUAAAUCAGUCAAAAGGAAAAGAAUAAAUGAAAAUAAUCAGCUAAAUGGUUCUCUAAAUAUUUCAAAGAAAAGACACGCUUCUGAACUUAAAAAGAAUACUUUGAAUAAUAAUACGGUUAGAAUCUCAACUCCGUUAGCUCAUCAAAUUUAUCCUCCGCCUAAUAGACAAUCAAAUAACUCUGAUGAUGAAUUGGGGGUAGAUGAUGAUGAAUUAGAUAGGUCCUUUUUGCCGCCACCAAACCAACCUCAAUCUCCACCAAUUCGUAUAAGCUCGGGUAUAGAAAAUUACAAAAAAAUAAAAUCUCUAGUAGAAGAAGACACAGUAUCUAGAUCAGAAACUGUAGAUCCUGAUAAAUCCAAACAACAGCGUAUUUUUUCCGGAACACCGAUACGACAAAGUGUAACACCAAACAGAGUAUAUUUAACUGGUCAAAGAGUAGUUUCUGACAAUGGAUACCAAAAUUUUAAAGAGAAGACUUCGAUUUUUGCCCCAAACAAUAGAUCUCUAUCUGUAUCUGUUAAACCAACUGUAUUUUCGUCCAAAAUAGAUAAUAUUGUUAUGUCUUCUCCAAGAAUUGGUUCAGGCAUGUUAACAAUACCUGAACCUAAAAUUCUUGAAGUUGAAAAAGAACUACAUGAAGGACCAUCUAGCCCCUCUACAUUGUUACCACAAAAAGGUAAUAGAAUACCGAUGAAGAAACCUUAUUUAAUGGAAGAUACUGAUUUUGCAGAUAAUAAUUCUAGUUCGGAGGAGCAAGCGAGUGAAAACGAUACUAUUCAAUCUAAAGCAUCUUCACAUCGUCAAACUUCAAUAGCUGAUGACAAUGGUUCUCCAACAAAAAACUUAUCACAAGACAGAAAUGGAGAUUUAAAAGAUCAUUUCAAAUAUAAUACAGAUAUUGAAUCUAGACAAGUUAAGUUAGCAGAACUACCGGUAAUAGUAAAAAAAAAUUCCUUUGAUAAAGAAAGUACUGCAAACGGAGCAAUUGAAGAGGCUGAUAAUUCCAUAAAUGCAAAUAGCGGUUCUCAAAAAAAAGAGAUGCAAAUUGUAAACAAUGAUUCUAAAGAUAUUGGCAAUAACAGUUUCAAGAAGGGAGAGAUUUUGAAUAUGGUUGAUGGUGAUGAACUAGAUAUUCCCCCCUGGUUUAAAAGAAGCUCUAAAUAUCCUAAAAAACCAUAUACCACUGUGCUUAAUAAGGAUAUUGAUAACUCAAAACCAGAUCCUAGAAACAUUUUACCUGAGAGAACACCAAGAAGUGCUGCAAAAAGAGCGGCAGAAAAAUUGGUUUCUAAGAAAGCUCAUACCUCUGAAUCUGAAAAGGUAGUCGAAAAUUCAACCUCGCCUGAACCAUCUGACAGUGAUUCAGAUAGAGUCGAAACUGAUUUGUCAGAUGAAAACAACCAUAUUAUUAUUGAAGAAAAUGGUGUUAGAAAGGAAUUGACUAUACUAGAUUUAAAAGGCACAGUAAUUGAACCGACUGCAAAAUUAAACAUUAAUAAAGAAGUCGUCAAUAAAGCCCAUACCGAUGAAAAGGAGGACAGAAACAAAAGUGAUAGUGAUAAUAAUCGUGGUUGUGAUAUUGACAUUGAUAGUGAUAGUGAUAGUGAUAGUGAUAGUGAUAGUGAUAGUGAUAGUGAUAGUGAUAGUGAUAGUGACAGAGAUAUCCCGAUUAAAAGUAUUGACUAUAAUCUCUCGAAGCAUGAGGAUGAAAAUGAUCUAUUAAUAUUUAAUGAAUGUAGUUCGUUAGCUAACUCGGAUAGUCAAGUACUAAGAAAACCGUCAUAUCUUGAUAGUGAUAGAGAAAGUGGAGAUGAUAUGCAUGUUGUAGAACAAGUCCCAAAACUGUCUUCCAAGAAAAGUUAUGAGAAUCCUUCUUCCAACCAAAAGAGUUAUGACUCGAUUACCAAAGAUAAAAAAACUCUAAAGUCGAAUAAUAUCCUCAAUAUAAAUAAUAAAACGAAAAAUUUAAGUGGAAGGAAAAUUUAUACUAGAUCUAAGAGAAAUGACGUCAAGGAAUUAUAUCGAUCUUUAAAUAUUGGAAAUAUAGCAACUUCUCUUGAUGGAGCCAGACCGAACAAGGUUGAAGGUAAUGAAAAAUCAAUUGGUAGUGAAAAUGAGGGAUUCAGAAAUUCUAACGAAAGUUCUAGUUAUAACUCAAGUUCUGAUGAUGAAAAUAAGAUGAUUGGUUUUAGGGAAAUAGGUGCUGUUGUAAUGGUGACAAAACGAAUAAUUGAUAGCAUUUUUAGAUUCAUCAAUUAG